CCCAAAGUGGAUAUACCUCCGCCACCCCUACCACUCAUACCACCUCCAGAUGAUGAAGAGACCACCAGAUCGUUGCCCAGCUCGACGGAAAUAAGCGAAUCGGAGGCGCGACAGGCGCUCAUUAAACAUAUAGCCAACCGAUGCUGUUAUGGGAAAGGAGUCGCCAAAGACAUGUCAAUCAUCAAAAUAGAGCAUAUGUGCGCUUUUCAUUCGCUUUCCUCUGUUUACACAACCCGAAAACUCGGGAUAAAUCCCCCAGCUAUGGACAGUCACACGAGUAUAGACGCCACCAAUCUAUGGUAUAUUGAAGCCAAGCCGACCGCCAACUUCCAGAAUCAGGUCUCCCAGAUGGAGGUACCCAAUACGGCAACCCUUCGCAUGUGUCACUUGUGUGGCGGCGUCGGAAGGAAACGAUGCCUAACCUGCACUGGAAAUGGAUAUGAAUCGUGUUUCUCGUGUCACGGCGAUGGACACAAGCCGUCAUUCAGUAGCGGCAAUGGGGAACGGGAGCGAUGCUGGAAGUGUAUGGGCAGUGGCCGACUCCGGUGCUGGAAGUGCAACGGCGAGGGUCGCACUCAGUGCCACACGUGUACGGGAACGGGUCAAUUGAAAUGCUUUAUGCGACUCCUAAUUACCUGGUCAAACCAUUUGGACGACUUUGUGUUGGAUAAGGCCUCCACAUCAGUACCCGACCAUCAAAUUAAAUCAGUUACGGGGGAAGUGGUGUUUGAAGAGGAACAGCACCGGGCCUCCACAGCAGUACCCGACCAUCAAAUUAAAUCAGUUACGGGGGAAGUGGUGUUUGAAGAGGAACAGCACCGGAGACAUCGGGUUCGUCUCAUUCCAAUGGCUUCAAUCCAUUACCUAUGGAAAGGUGCGGCCGCACAGUAUCUGGUGUACGGCCACGAGAUGCGAGUACACGCACCUCACUAUCCACAGACAUGUUGUUGCGGUUGUCUCAUCCUAUAGACCACUAAUUGGGCCAAUACUACACAAUCACAUCAAUUAUAAUGCCUAUCCUUUAUUCUUAACUAUUGUUUGCAUUUAUUUCUGAACCAAUUUUUGUUGUUUCGUUUCGUUUUCUACACAUAAAUGUUUAUAAAUUAUAUUUAAUUAUUAUCAUUACCACUGUUAUUGUAGUUAUUUACGUUGAAUGCU